AUGCGUAUUAGGAUGGGUACUUGGCAAGACAAUUAAGGAAAUACUUUUGCUGUAAAUUACAACAGUUCAAAGCAAAGUAAUUUUUAUCAAAAAGGAUAAGAAUGGUGCCUGCUUAAUCUCCAGACAUUAUUUUAUGGCAAAACUUAAAAAUUGGUAAAUAUUGAAUGUCCUGAUUUGCAAGUUACUUAAAACGAUGCCUUUGUUGAUCAGUUAAAGGAUAAAAAUAAUAGAAUUGGGUUAAUGCAUUGUUAUUGUCUAGAUUAAUUCUUUAAGAUAAACAUCAGUGUAAACGAUAUUUAAUUUUAGGAUGGUGAAAAGUAUUGCAGUGAAUAUUCUUUUAACCAAAGCUAGGGUGUUUUAAUUAUUGUUGUUAACAUUAAUUUCGGCUCGAAUUUCUCUGCAAUCGGAAUAUUUUAAGGUAAAUACAAAGAAUUUACUGUAGAAUGGCACAAAGACAUUGGAGCCACUAUUACUGAAUACGAAAAUAUUUACACUGGUCCUGAAUUCUUGAUGGAGUUCAGAUAUUCUUCGAUCCUUACUUAGUUAUAUAUAAUCCUAAUGUAUUCACCUGGAAUGCCUAUACUCUACUUAAUUGCAUUUUUUAGUUUCUUCUUGACUUACUGGUUCGACAAAUUCUUUUUGUCUCUGAUGUACUAUGCAGUUAUAUUCCAUUUUUUUAUUGGACUUUACAUAUUAAUUUGCUACUUGCAUAAGAUUUGCAAAAAUCAGAAUAAUUAUAACAUCAAGGAUGAUAUGACUUUCUCUGAUGACUAUUACAGAGAGUUAAACUUCUCAUAACUCUUUAAAGAAUGGGUUCGAACAAAUCAAGAAUCCUUUGAUUUUUAAAAUGACUUGAAUAACAACAAAUUCAAUGAAAAAGUUACUGAAGUAGUCAAGAGGCAUAAAGCCAGACUUGAUCAUAAAAGUGAAGAGAUUUUUAAACUACUUUUAGUAUUAUUCAAGAAUAAUUUUUAAACUAAUUCUAAUAAAAAUUGCAAAAAAAUGAGCAGAGCUGAUUUUAAUAAAAUAUUAGAAGUAGUAAAAAGAUAAACAUAAACUGCAUAAGGUCCAAGUAAAUUAAAAGACCUUAUCUGUACUUAUGAAAUUAAAGAUAACGAUAUUUACUUCGGAAAACCAAAUGAAGUCUAGAACUAUUUCAGAUCUAAAGAGAAGGAGUCUUAAUUUUAUGAUUAAUAUUCAAGUGAGGAAGAACAGGAAUUUUAACCUUGA